CUCUCACUUUUAUCUUCUUCAUCCAAACAACUCCACGAGAUAGAGGAGGGAGAGAGAGAUUCAGAGCAACCAUGGCGAACACAAUCCCCGGGGCAGCCGUCGGGCUUUCCUGCUCGACUCCGAAGCUCUCUCAGAGACCCACCUCGCGGUUUUCGCAAUCGUCCCGGCGGUUCUGCACCGUCAAGAUGGCCGUCUCCCUCGAUGAGAAGAAGAAGAGUUUCACUCUCGAAAAAUCCGAGCAGGCUUUCAAUGCCGCCAAGGAGUUGAUGCCUGGAGGUGUAAAUUCCCCUGUUCGGGCUUUUAAGUCUGUUGGUGGACAACCUAUUGUGAUGGAUUCUGUUAAGGGAUCUCACAUGUGGGACAUAGAUGGAAAUGAGUACAUCGACUAUGUGGGAUCGUGGGGACCUGCUAUAAUCGGGCAUGCAGAUGAUGAGGUACUUGCAGCUCUGGCUGAAACGAUGAAGAAGGGAACUAGCUUUGGUGCACCUUGUCUUCUAGAGAAUGUUCUGGCAGAAACUGUGAUCGCGGCUGUUCCAAGCAUUGAAAUGGUUCGAUUUGUGAACUCAGGUACUGAAGCAUGCAUGGGUGUGCUCCGCUUGGCCCGUGCAUACACUGGCCGACCGAAGAUCAUUAAGUUCGAGGGCUGUUACCAUGGUCAUGCUGAUCCAUUCCUUGUCAAGGCUGGUAGUGGAGUGGCCACACUAGGACUUCCAGACUCACCUGGUGUUCCGAAGGCAGCCACUUUUGAUACUCUAACAGCCCCCUACAAUGACUUGCCGGCUGUGGAAGCUCUUUUUGAAAAUCACAAAGGAGAAAUUGCUGGAGUCAUCCUUGAACCCGUUGUUGGGAACGCUGGCUUCAUUACUCCCAAAUCCGAUUUCCUUAAUGGUAUCCGCAAGCUCACCAAAGAAAAUGAUACUCUCCUCAUAUUUGAUGAAGUGAUGACUGGAUUCCGCUUGUCUUAUGGUGGAGCACAGGAGUAUUUUGGCAUUACUCCUGAUUUAACAACACUCGGGAAAAUCAUUGGUGGUGGACUGCCAGUCGGUGCAUAUGGUGGACGGAGGGAGAUUAUGGAAAUGGUGGCACCAGCAGGACCGAUGUACCAAGCCGGGACCCUGAGUGGAAAUCCAUUAGCAAUGACUGCGGGGAUUCAUACCCUUAAGAGGUUGAGGGAGCCAGGAAGUUAUGAAUACCUGGAUAAGAUCACAGGUGAACUCAUUCAAGGUAUCAUAGAAGCCGGGAAGAGGGCUGGGCAUGCAAUGUGUGGUGGGUACAUAAGUGGCAUGUUCGGGUUUUUCUUCACUGAAGGGCCUGUGUACAACUUUGAGGACGCGAAAAAGAGUGACAUUGCAAAGUUUGCAAAGUUUUAUAGGGGACUGCUGGAGGAAGGUGUAUACCUUGCUCCGUCACAGUUCGAGGCUGGGUUUACAAGCUUGGCACAUACUCCGGAGGACAUCCAAAACACGAUAGCUGCUGCUGAUAGAGUUUUUAGGCAGAUUUAGAAACCAAGUCGUUUCUCUGUACUAUUAUUUUCCUCUUUUCACGUUUCGUUUUGUUUAUUUUCCCCUGUUGCAGGGUUGUCAAAGUUGUAGGUGAUCUGGAGAGAGUUGUUUAUCAUUUGAACUUUUUCGUACCUUAGUUAGCCCUAGUUUGGUACGUGAUUUUGAAAAAAGUGGCUAUAAAAAAAAAGCUUAGAGCUUUUUUAUAUUUGGUAAA